UCACGCUUUAUGACCCCACUGCCCAGUGGUCCCAGGACAGCAGUGAGACGUGUCCUGCUCUGUGUCCAGCCGUGUUCCAGGUCUCUAGACACAGAGCCAGGAAUCCUGGCCAGAGAAUUCUGACAACAGCAGACAUGUCCGAGGAGCCUGGCACACCACUGGGACACGACUUCUGAAUGCACUAGUGAUGGGUAACCGUCAAUUCAGCAAGCCUCGGGAGAACCCACCCACCUCGGGGAGGUGCCUGGACUGGGGGAGGCCCGCAGCUACACCAGAAGCUACAAAGACCUUGUGGGGGUUAAGUCGAUUACAGGAGAGAAGCAGUCAGGGCAGCACCGGGCGCAGAGAUGCUGCUCGGUGAGGCAUCAGUGUUUUUUGGACCAAAGUCCUCCUUUAUCGACUAUGGAAAUGGAACAAGAAAAAGUCAGCAUGAGCAAGGAGCUGAGCGCAGACUCGGCCUCGUCCUGCUGCUCCACGUGUCGUGGGGACGAGGACUGGGGGCUCAGCCACCCCAUCCGGGGGCGGGCCAAGUCCCGCAGCCUGUCGGCCUCGCCCGCCCUGGUGAGCACCAAGGAGUUCAGGAGGACUCGCUCUCUGCACGGGCCGUGCCCGGUGACCACUUUCGGACCAAAGGCCUGCGUGCUGCAGAACCCGCAGACCAUCAUGCACAUCCAGGACCCUGCCAGCCAGCGGUUGACGUGGAACAAGUCCCCGAAGAGUGUGCUUGUCAUCAAGAAGAUCCGUGACGCCAGCCUGCUCCAGCCCUUCAAGGAGCUCUGUGUGUACCUGAUGGAGGAGAACAACAUGAUCGUGUAUGUGGAGAAGAAAGUUCUAGAAGACCCCGCCAUAGUGAGUGAUGACAACUUUGGACCAGUAAAGAAGAAGUUCUGCACCUUCCGAGAAGAUUAUGAUGACAUUUCCAAUCAGAUCGAUUUCAUCAUCUGCCUGGGAGGAGACGGGACCCUGCUCUACGCCUCCUCCCUCUUCCAGGGCAGCGUGCCUCCGGUCAUGGCUUUUCAUCUGGGCUCCCUGGGCUUCCUGACCCCCUUCAACUUUGAGAACUUUCAGUCCCAAGUUGCUCAGGUGAUACAGGGGAAUGCAGCUGUUGUUCUCCGGAGCCGACUGAAGGUCAGGGUCGUGAAGGAGCUUAGAGGGAAGACAGCCGUCCCCAACGGGGUCAGCGAGAACGGGGUGCUGGCUGCAGACCUGGACACGGAGGUCGGGAAACAGGUCAUGCAGUACCAGGUCUUGAACGAGGUGGUGAUCGACAGAGGCCCCUCCUCGUACCUGUCCAACGUGGACGUCUACCUGGACGGGCACCUCAUCACCACAGUGCAGGGCGACGGGGUGAUCGUCUCCACCCCGACGGGCAGCACGGCGUACGCAGCUGCGGCCGGGGCUUCCAUGAUUCACCCCAACGUGCCAGCCAUCAUGAUCACACCUAUCUGCCCCCACUCGCUGUCAUUCCGGCCCAUCGUGGUCCCUGCAGGGGUUGAGCUGAAGAUCAUGCUGUCACCAGAAGCAAGGAACACCGCCUGGGUGUCCUUUGAUGGACGAAAGAGACAGGAGAUCCGCCACGGAGACAGCAUCAGCAUCACUACCUCUUGCUACCCGCUGCCCUCCAUCUGCGUCCGAGACCCAGUGAGCGACUGGUUUGAGAGCCUGGCCCAGUGUCUGCACUGGAACGUGCGGAAGAAGCAGGCCCACUUCCCAGAGGAGGAGGAGGAGGCUGAGGAGGUCCAGGCCUGCGCCCCUGCGUCUGCGCUCGGGGUCGCCGAGCCCUGAAGAGUCUCUGGUGUCUUCCUUUUCCUUUUC